UUUGUCCUAAGUCAGCAUUGAGAUCAAGAUGAGUUACUACGCCACUGUAUUAAUACUAUUGUUAUUUGCAGAAAUAGUUAUGGGAUCAUGUGACACAAAAUUAGAGUGUUCACUUCUUGGUGAUCUCCUAGAAAUGGCAAUGAAACAUAAAAGUCCAGAUAAAGGCUGUCAGUGUCUGAGUAGAACUAGAAUCCCAGCCUUUCAAUCAAUGCUGACUCAACCACAAACCCCUGGAGACAAAGGUGUUAUCAAGUUUGACAAAAUUGUCACCAAUAUACAAAAUGGCUACAACCCAACCACUGGUAUUUUUACCACACCUGUUGCUGGAGUUUAUCAGUUUUCUUAUACAGUCAUGACACAGGCUGGAAAGUAUCUAGUUGUUUACAUUUCUCAUAAUAAUAUCAAGCAACAAACUACAUGGCUGAAAGGUUCUAGUCAUGAGACUGGAACAGUCAAUAUUAUAUUAAAUCUGAAGAAAGGAGACCAAGUUGCAGUAAAGUCCCAAGGCAAUUUUACUAUUCACAGUGAUAGUAAUAACCUGUACAGCUCAUUUUCUGGCUAUCUCAUAGCACAAUAAAAGAAAUAAUACUA